CCCUGGAGACUUGCCGCGAAUCUUUACAUACUUUACUUCCUCAACACUUGCCCACCUGCCAUCAUACAUAUAUCCACGCAGAUUGGUGGAAUGGAGCUCAUACCAUUUUCCCUGGCCAUUGCCAAAAUCCCUAGUAUCUUCAAAGAAUGCAUCGAAUGUUUCCAUUGCGUCCGACUUGGGCCAGCUUUUCGGCAGAACUUUGGACUUUACAUAGCGAACCUCGACGGCGCGUACAUGCAGCUCAACCGGUGGGGGAAGUCCAUGUGUUUCCUCGACGCGACGUUCCAUGGCCCGAAGCUGUAUAACAAAGGCAAAUGCAAAGUCAAAGACAAGUGUAUGUGGAAGGAUGACGACAUCAAAAAGGCGGAGAAAUGGUUAAACAUGAUCCGGGCGGCAUUUCAAAACGCCAAGAGGAUCUCAGAGCAGUUCAAGGAGCUCCACGAGGACGAUGACGAGGCGUCCGAGAACCUCCAGUUUCUCGACCAGGAUGCCGAGAUGCAGGAGGCAGACCAAAUCAUAAAGAGGCUUGUGUUGAGCAUCCGCAAGGUCACAAAUCAUCGACGAAAGAAGGUCCCUCCUUCUGAACGACAGGAGGGCGGGGCCGUGGCUCAAGCUCAGUGGACCAUCUAUCGCAAGUCCGAGUUCGACGGGUUAGUCGACUCCAUUCGCACUCUCUUGGACAAACUCGUCAUUCUUUUCCCAGAAUUUCACCAUGAGCAGACUACUCUAUGCCUAGAAGAGGCGAAGAAAGUCGGGCUUGGUUGUUUCAAUAAGCUCGCCGAGGUCUUUGGCGAGAAUGACAAGUUUCUCUACGAAGCAGUGAUGAAAAUAACGAACGAAGCGUCAAGGUCACGUCCUCCACAGCACAGUCAUGGGUGAGGGCGAGGGGGUAAGCCUGGGAAUGAUUACAAACGACUCAGAUGCCACGUCAUGUCACAUGGAAUGACUCUGAGCAGUUUGCGAAUCACCGAUUCGGGGAAUACGUCUGCUAGUCUCAACUACACAAUCGACGAGUUCGGAGUAGCAAAGUUGAAAGUCCAUCGUGUGACUCAAGGGGAUUCAUCGAGUUAAAUGGUUAGCCUCUUCUAAGGAGCUGUUAUAGAUGUUCAGGGCCAUAGUAGUGCUUGAACGAUCCGGGAAGAGGAAGAAGGCAGAACGGCAUUUCUAUUGAAGUGUUACAGUGUCACCUAUCGAUGCAAAUACGACCAACG